GGCUUUUGGGACCAACAAUUUCUCUGGUCGCUUACCAUCAGAGCUUGGCAAUCUUUUUAUGUUGGAGGAACUGUUCUUUGAUAGCUCUGGAGUCCAAGGUGACAUUCCUACAACAUUUUCAAAUCUAAUGAAUUUGCAGACAGUAUGGGCAUCAGACAAUGAACUCACCGGCAAAAUACCUGAAUUCAUUGGGAGCUGGUCAAAGCUCACGAAUUUGAGGUUUCAAGGAAACUCUUUCAUUGGUCCCAUACCGUUGACAUUUUCAAACUUGACAGCUAUGAAUGACUUAGACUUGAGCUUUAACCAGUUAACUGGAGAGAUUCCGGACUUGCUUUUCACUUUGAGUUCGCUAUCACACUUGUUUCUCGGAAAUAACAAGUUAACGGGUAUGCUACCUUCAAGAAAGUCGGAGUCUCUUCUUUGUAUAGACUUAUCAUAUAAUGGUUUAUCAGGGAAGCUUCCUUCUUGGGUGGACGGUGGUUCUAUCUUGCAGCUAAAUUUAGUUGGGAACAAUUUCAUGUUAGGAAGUCUGGAUACCAGCCUUUUGCAUUCAGAAUUGAACUGUGUUCAACCAAGAUUUCCUUGUUAUCGAGGUUCUGGUACAUAUCGUGACUUUGCAAUCAGUUGUGGAGAUUCAGAGAUUGUGACCUCCUCUGGAAUUGUGUAUGAAAGGGAUAACAAGAUUGCUGGUGCAGCUUCAUACCAUGUUAGUGACUCCGAUAAGUGGGCUGUUAGUGAUGUUGGAUCGGAGGACAUCAAAAACUCUACUUAUAACAGAGCCACUGACCCAACACAAAAUUAUAAAUUUGAAAAUACAAAUGACUCGACAAUUUUUCAGACACAAAGAUUGUCUACUUCGUCAUUGAGAUACUAUGGACUGAGGCUUGAAAAUGGAAACUACACUGUGAACCUUCAGUUUGCAGAAACCACUUUUCCAGAUUCAUCUACAUGGGAAAGCCUUGGGAGGCGUGUCUUUAAUUUAUAUAUUCAGGGGAAUCUUGUCCACGAGAAUUUUGAUAUUAGAAAUGAGGCAGGUGGGUCUUUUCGUGCUAUUUCAAAGAAGUUUAAUGCACAAGUUUCAGAAAACUACUUGGAAAUUCAUCUUUUCUGGGCUGGGAAAGGUACUUGUUGCAUACCUGAUGAAGGUACAUUUGGACCUUCUAUUUCAGCAAUCAGUGCAAGUAAAGAUUCUGAACCAACUCACCAACCUCUGAAUAUAGAGGGGAUUCGUACUGAGAAGAAUGGACCCAGUGUAAUAGUGGGAAUUGUUGUUGGUAUAGGAUCUGUUUGCUUUCUAAUUGUUGUUAUAGUUUUCAUUCUUAUCCGAAGAAGGAAAGGUCGCUCCUCUGAAGAUGAAGAGCUUCUUGGAAUAGAUGCGAGACCGUACACUUUUAGUUAUUCUGAACUAAGGGAUGCUACAGAGGAUUUUAGUUCAUCCAACAAGCUUGGUGAAGGGGGUUUUGGACCCGUUUACAAGGGAACACUAAAUGAUGGAAGAGAAAUCGCUGUAAAGCAACUCUCUAAAAAAUCGGAACAAGGAAAGAACCAGUUUGUGGCUGAGAUUUCUACAAUAUCUGCCGUGCAACAUCGCAACCUUGUGAAAUUGUAUGGUUGUUGCCUUGAGGGUGACAAACGGCUCCUUGUUUAUGAGUAUCUGGAGAAAAGGAGUCUCGACCAAGCAUUAUUUGGAACGAGAAAUGUCAAACUUGAUUGGCCAAAACGAUUUGAUAUAUGCUUGGGUGUGGCAAGAGGCCUCGCGUAUCUUCACGAGGAAUCGAGCCUUCGAAUUGUGCAUAGAGAUGUAAAGGCCAGUAACAUUCUGCUUGAUGCUGAUCUGAACCCCAAAAUUUCAGAUUUUGGUUUAGCCAAACUUUAUGAUGACAAGAAGACUCAUAUUAGCACUCUUGUUGCUGGAACAAUUGGAUAUCUUGCACCCGAAUACGCCAUGCGUGGCCAUCUAACCGAGAAGGCUGAUGUCUUCAGUUUUGGUGUUGUGGCUCUUGAAAUUGUGAGUGGUAGGCCAAAUUCAGCCCCAGGCUUGGAUGAGGACAAAAUUUUUCUUCUUGAAUGGGCUUGGUACCUCCACGAAAGCGACCGGGAAAUCGAGCUGGUGGAUUUAGAUUUAUUGACAUUCGGCGAGGAAGAAGUAAAGCGGGUGAUCAGAGUAGGUCUUGUGUGCACCCAAACAUCCCCAGCCCGUCGGCCAUCGAUGUCGCGCGUCGUGGCAAUGCUUUGUGGAGAUAUUGAAGUGGCUUCUGUAACUUCAAAACCAGCAUACUUGACUGAUUGGACUUUUGAUGAUGUUGUUGCCUUUGCAAAUGAUUCUCCAACCAAAGGACCCAACACUGCCCAUCAGGAUCAGGCAGCCUCCUCAAGUUUUAGCAUCCAUGCUGAUGAUUCAAGCCCUCAAAGUUAAUGCUUAAGAGCCAAUAUCAUUCUGGGCACCCAUAUUUGAGGAGAAUGCCUCAAGGCUGUUUACAAACCUUGUUUCUCUUAUUUAUAACUUGUAAUUAUAUGUGCUAUUCAUUGUUAGGUGGGUGAAUUGUACAAUGUCUGAGUUGUCGUCGAGUCGAGUUCACGAUGUUGAAUACUUGUUGCUAGUAUGCUACUAGCAAUUGUCACUUAUGUUGCACGUGUUUUGUAUAUUUUUUUGUGCUUUAAAAAUGUUUGGCAGGAUUUUCAAGUUUUUUGCAAGAAAAAAAUGGACUUUU